AUGGCCAACACUCAGCGAUCGACCCCUCGAUUUUCCCCCUCCGACGCCACGGUGGUGUUCAUCCUGGGUGGCCCUGGCAGCGGUAAGGGGACGCAAUCCACCAAUCUGGUUUGCGAUUACGGCUUCAUCCACCUCUCCGCGGGUGACCUCCUGCGUGCCGAGCAGGUCCGUGAGGGUAGCCAGUAUGGUGACCUGAUUAGGACCUAUAUCCGGGAGGGCAAGAUCGUGCCCAUGGAGAUUACGGUGGCAUUGUUGUCUAAUGCCAUGGCGGAUGCGUUGGCGGCCGGUGCCGGGGGGGGUGAGGGCAGGAAGGCCCGGUUCUUAAUCGAUGGGUUCCCCCGGAAACUUGACCAGGCGGUGUUCUUCGAGGACACCGUCUGUCCCUCGGAGCUGACCCUAUUCUUGGAUUGUCCCGAAGAUGUCAUGGAGGAGCGAUUGCUCAAGCGCGGCGAAACGUCGGGUCGUGACGAUGAUAAUGCUGAGUCGAUCCGAAAGCGUUUCCGCACCUUUGUCGACACCAGUAUGCCGGUUGUGCAAGCGUUCCGGGAUCAGAACAAGGUCGUCUCGGUGUUGGCGACGGGGUCGGUUGACGAUGUUUAUGCACGCAUCCAGGAAGGAUUCAAGGCUCGUGGAGUUCAUCCACAAUAA